ACACCAAGUUUGAAAGAAACACAUGGAUGAGUGAUGCAUACCCGCGUGUGAAGGCUUUCUGUCAGGCACAAGGAUACGAGUUCCAGGUGGUCGACAUGAGGUGGGGGGUACGGGAUGAGGCAUCCGAUGACCACAGCACAACUGAUCUCUGUCUGAGAGAACUAGAGAUGUGCCAGAAACUCUCCACAGGGCCUAACUUUGUGAGUCUGCUUUCUCACAAAUAUGGAUACCGGUCACUGCCAAAAGUCAUAGAAGCAGAAGAAUUUGACAAAGUUUUUGCUGCCGUAAAGUCUGAUACAGCCAAAAACCUAUUGACAAAGUGGUACCUGAGAGACUAUAAUGCUGUACCUCCUGUGUACGUCCUAUCCUCUAUCAGCAAGCACCUCCCUGACUCCAUCAGUCGAGACAAGGACGUAAGUAAGAAGCUUAAGGCCAAACAGAUUUGGUGGGACGAAAGUGACACCAUGCAGGAGGCGUUAAAAUCGGCAGCAGAGCAAGCACUUGGAGAGGAGGAGGCCAAGAAAUAUGUCAUUUCAGUUACGGAGAAGGAGAUAGAGAUGGGACUGUUAUCCGUGGAUAAAGCUGGAGUGGAGAGUGGCUGUGCAUGGUUCAGAAGAAACAUCAAGGACAUAGAUUUGGUGGAGCCUAGCUAUCAGCUGUCACGAUACAUGGAAUGUUUGGGAAAUGAGGAGACAGUGAAGCUGGCGCAGAGUUUACUGAUGGACCUGAAGGACCGGAAGAUGCAGAAUCAUUUACCUAGUGACAAUAUCAUCGCAUACUCAGUGCCCUGGACAGAUAAAGGUAUAAACCCUGAGCUGUUAGAACAUCAGAAAUACCUAAAACAAAUGUCUGAGGACUUUGUCCAGAAAAUGAUAACCAUGGUCACCAAAGGUAUAGAGGAAAGAUCACCGUCCAACAGUAGUGAUCCCCUGGAGACUGAGUGUCUACAACACAUCAGCUUCUGUCAGGAGAAGUGUAAAAACUUCCAUGGAAGGGAAGUCACUCUUGAGGCAAUCAAGUUAUAUCUGUCCAGUGCAGACCAGAAGCCAUUGGUAGUUCAUGGUCAAUCAGGGUGUGGCAAAACCUCUAUAAUGGCCAAGCUGGCAGCACUUGUACCAAGUCACUGCAAAAACAAUCCGUUCAAACCAGCGGUGAUUAUCAGAUUUAUUGGGACAACCCCCGAUAGUUCCAACAUCAGAAGCCUGCUGACCAGUAUUAUUCAACAAAUUUACACUCUCUACAAUGUCCACUUUAGCAUCCCUGAGGACAUCAAAUUGCUGGUUAGAAAAUUUAAAUCUGCAUUAAACUUGGCUAAAGAUGUCCGUCCCCUGGUGAUCCUUCUGGAUUCCCUUGACCAGCUUGAUCUGACCAACAAUGGCCGUAGUCUGAACUGGAUUCCAAGAAGUCUUCCAGCCAAUGUAAAAAUCAUUGUGUCUACUUUGGAGGAUGAAACCUACGAAUGUUUCCCUGCUCUACAGCAAAAAAUCAAGCAGCCAGCAAAUUUUGUGCCAGUCCCUAUCCUUGACAAGGAAGACGUGAACAGUAUUGUCAGCAGCUGGCUGAGUGCCAGUAGCCGUACCUUGACCAUUGGUCAGAGAGAGACAUUGACCAAUGCCUUUGACACUUGUCCAAUCCCCCUGUUUCUGAAGCUGUCAUUUGACCAGGCCUGUAAAUGGAACUCAUUUUCCUCACCUGAUGAGGUCAGACUACAAUCAACCAUUCGAGACAGCAUUGACCUUCUGUUUUCCCAACUUGAAGUCAAGCAUGGCAAAAUCUUGGUGUCUGAUGCUCUUGGAUAUUUGACUGCAGCCACCAAUGGCUUGUCGGAGGCCGAGUUGGAGGACAUCCUGUCUUGUGACGAUGAUGUUCUUAAUGAUGUAUAUGUAUACUGGACACCUCCCAUCAGGAGACUACCACCCCUCCUCCUGGUUCGACUGAGGACAGAUCUACAAGAGUAUAUAGUGGAGAGAGGAGCAGAUGAUGUCCGUGUCUUCUACUGGUAUCACAGACAGUUCAUCGAGGCAGCAAGGGCUCGUUAUUGUGGAGUUGAAGUCAUCCAAAACCUUCAUCAGGGACUGGCAGACUUUUUCAUAGGAAAGUGGAGCAAUGGGAACAAGAAGCCAUGUACAGACAGAUUGGGUAAUUCUGGGUUGGAGGACCGCCACUCCUCGGCUCAGCCUCUUAGGCAUGGAGACAAGUACAAUCUGAGGAAACUUAACAACCUCCCACUCCACCUUACCAUGGCCAGAAAUCUGGGGGAGUUGAAGGAACAAUGUUUAUUGUGCUUAGAUUUCCUACAGACCAGGUUAUUGUCCUCCUCAAUGAGGAAUGUGAUGUCCGACAUCCAGCUAGCCUUGCAGGAGUUCCCUGAUGACUAUGCUAUCAACAUGCUCCAUGACUGUCUCCAGCUCUCUAAACAGGCUUUAGUGUACGAUGUGCACCAACUGGACUUACAGCUUCGUGACCGACUCGGUGGUGAUCAGGAUGAAGGACUAAAAAGACUAUGUGAACAGUGUAAUCACAUCUCAAGGCCACAUUUACUGCCCGACCAAGACAUACUGACCAAACCAGGUGGUCAGUUGGUCUAUUUACUCUCUGACCACUCAGCGGAAGUGACUGGACUAGACAUAAGUAUGGACGGCAAGACCAUUGUUACAUGUGCUGCUGAUGAAGAACAUAGUGUUAAGAUGUGGAAUUUAGAGGAUGGGACCUUGAUUAAGUCUUUCAACAAGCUUGGUAGAACCCCAAUAAGGGUCCACUACAUUGCCAAGGAUUCACUCAUCCUGGCUGCGUACGAAGGGGACUUGGUGAAAGCAAUCCAGUUAACAGGAGAGGUGGCCUACACGGUGCGUGACAUUUCACAGUACUGGCUAGGAGGACAUGACAAAGAAAUACUCGUAAAAUUGAUGGAUGAUACAGCUGUGAUGUACAAUACUUCAACUGGGAAGAAAAAGUCCAAAGUGAAGACAAAGAAAAACCUCUUUAUGAGUGACCAGAUAGAGAAUCUCGUACACGGAGUAGGGCGUUACAUCGUGGUUACCGAGAUAGGAUUAUACAAGGUCACCCUGCUGGACCUUGAAAAAGAAGAGUUUUCACACUGGAUUGACGUGUUCAAACCACCGCCAAAGAAUGCAGAUGAUGUACCUAAUUUGUCCGUCGAUAUGGUCUGUGUCUCACCAGAUGAGCAAAGUUUUGUCGUGUCAAGUAUUGUAGAAGGUGAUUUCCUAUUCUACAGCACAACCACGCUGCAAAAAACCAGAGUUAUGAAAGGAAAUACGAAUGAUGUUGGACAGUGUUUACUGUUCUCGCCAGACUGUAAACGACUGGCCUUCUCUAAUCUUCACAAUAUCGUUGUAUACGACCUUGAAACGGAAGAGAGACAAGAUAUCCUACCUCACCUUUCAGGUAUCACAAAGUACACUUGUGCUUCAUGGAAGACUUUGGUCACGCUGUGUGAAGAAGACAACGGCAUCCGUGUCUGGGACAUCACUCGCCCAGAAAAACGGACAACUGUCAAAAAACCGCUCGGCAUAUCAGUCAGCUGUUACUGUAACCUACCCAAUCGACGGUAUGUCGCCAUGGCAGUUCGUACGAAAAACGAGAACUACAAACUGGGUGAUGUCCUCGUGUAUGACCUUGUGAUGAGGAAGGUUGUUCGUCGUGGGGCAGUGAUGGACGGCCUCCCAAGGAACAUGCUUUGUAUCGGUGAAACAGAGGUGAUCAUAGCCACUGACACUAGGAAGAUCAAGGUUGUUGAUUUGAACACAAUGACUGUGACACGGGUGUUUGAAGGAAAACUUUGUCCCUAUGGCUCUAAAAUGGAAAUCGUCAAGGACGGGAAAGAACUCUUGACACUGACACAGGGGAAACAUGGAUUUAAGACAUACAGCAUAGAGACUGGGAAAACGGUUAACCUUCUCCACGCACCCCCGGAAAUACGGGAAAGGAAACACAACAAAUUUGACCAAUAUUCACUUACGAUCAACAAGACUACUAUGGCUUGUUAUAUCGAGGAGGAAGGUCCUAUAGUCAUCUUUGACUACAUUAAGAAUGUGUGUGUGAGUGUUUUGAAGAUGAGCUCCCGUUUCAGUACAUUUUGCGGAGCUUACCUGCCACAGGACAGUUCGUAUCUGGCCGUAAAUACAUACAAAAGCUUUCCUGACCCCAUCAAACAGGGGAAGAUGAACUCUUUGAGCUGUAUAGUUGUAUACAACAUACAACCAGGAAAGAUUAGUCAUUGGUGUUUAGACCAGGAGUACUACAACAUGUACGCAAAACAGGGAGUGCUUGACAACCAGGACAGUGACGUGGAUAAUGCCAUACUAUUGGAUGAUGAUCGCUUGGUUACCUCCAGUGCGGACCUCAUCCUCCGAGUCUUGAACAUCAGGACAGGUGAACUGAUAAAGAGGUUGGAGGGGCACACAGUAUUGCCAAAGCUCGUUAGCAACCAUGAAAAGAGCCCAUGCUUUAUUUCCAUGGCAAAUUUUGGGGAGGAGAAUUCACUGCGUUUGUGGGACAAGGAAUCGCUGACCUGUAUGGCGACUUACCGCCUCGAUCACAAGAUUCAAAAAGUUGAAUUCUGUUCAGAUGGCCAGAGCUUGGUCUGUAUGAUGGAGGACUGUAAUUUGAUAUACUGGACACUGGUCAUACCUGGCACGCAGUCCACCACGAUGUCCGACUGUCAAUUGACAUUCACGGGUCAAGAAUGUGAUGUCACUCUGGAGAUAAACAAUAAAAAAGAUGAAAGAUCUGAUGAAUUUGACCCUGAUGAUGACGACGACGGAACUUCACAUGAUGACGUUGAUAACGAUGAUGAUGAUGAGGAGGACGACGACAUAGACUUCAACAAUUUCAUUGAUGACGAUGACCAGGAUAAUGAAGAUUUUGAUGACGAAGAUGACAACAAUGCCGACACAGAUUUCUCAGAAAAUGAAGAUGAUAUAGAGGAUUAUGCUGCUGCUGCUGAUGAUGAUUAUUAAAGAGAAUAGUUAUAUUAAAGAGAAUAGUUAUAUUAAAGAGAAUAGUUAUGUCAUCUCAAUGAAACAACCGAAUAGCUGUUCUUUGUAGUUCUGUGUAAGAUGAUAUGUUGUAUUUCUAUCCACUUCAUUAAUAUUUUACAAUAAUCUGAAGAAUAAUCACUAUGCGAGAUAUUUACAUUUUGAUCGAAUUUAACAAGAACUUUGUAUAAAUAGAAAUUUACAAUUUCGUGCAGGUCACGUCUCUAUUUGUUGAAAGUAAACAUUAUAUGACAGGGUAUAAACCCUAAGAAACGCUAUAGGAAACUAACUAGUCUUAACAUACAUAUAUCAUGUAUUUCGAUCAAUUGUAUUUGAUCUAUACAAAAUAUAUUACCGUAAUAUAUUACAAAUCAUUACUUUUUUAUAUACAUAUUUCCCUGUAUGCCAGGAUAACGAACGUAUUUAAGUCUUUUGAAAUGAUUUGUAUGAUGCAUAAUAUUUUAGUUUGAUUCCCAAAAUUUGUUUUGUUGCAUGUUCUUCAUUGUAUUCAUUCUGAUUCAUUUUAUGUUUUCAAGAAACUGAUUUUUUUUUUAUUAAUUUCAUAAAUAUUUAUUUGUGAUGUUAGACUUAAAUAAUGUUACACGUAUACGAGUAUUUUGUUAAACACACGUUUUAAUACCACUGGUUUUAGCUAGCCGGGAUGAAAUCCGUGGGAGUAAUUGCUAUACUCCUGUGUCGUCUGUAGACAGCAUAGUUACUGUUUUAUAGAACAGUGUUGUGUCAAUACCAAUGAGGAUACGGCUUAUGUAGUAGACGUGUACAUGUAUGUUUCUUGUGAGAAGACAAUUCCAUUUGUGGUACAUUAACGGAUCUGCUGACCUUGGCAUUCAACAUUUGAAAAAAAAACCAUUAACCUUGGCCACAUUAUGUUAUUCGUAUAUGAUAAAGGUUUUAUGUAUAUGACAUAACUUCUUUGUUACGAAGUCUUGUCAUAUAUACAUGUACUACAUUUGCGGGCCUGCUUAGCUUGACUGCGACCUUUGACUUAUGAAAUCCGAAACUAUAUAUAUUUCUACGAAAACAAUGUAUGUAGUCCUAUUCCAUUUGAAACUAAAAUAUAAAUCACGAUGAGAAUGAAGUUGUGGGAGCAAUGAGACAAUCCAGGUAAGUAAUGUCGUGUCAGGCUUUGUGAGACAAUCCAGGUAAGUAAUGUCGUGUCAGGCUGUGUGAGACAAUCCAGGUAAGUAAUGUCGUGUCAGGCUGUGUGAGACAAUCCAGGUAAGUAAUGUCGUGUCAGGCUUUGUGAGACAAUCCAGGUAAGUAAUGACG